AGUGGCAUUUUUGGUAUUUUUGGAGUGAAGGAAAGUCACCAUAUUGCACAGCUUUACCUAUUGAACUGCGAUGACCACGUUGAACAUGAACGAUGCCGAGCGAAAUCUCUGCUUGAUGAGGAUGUGAAAACUCCCGCUUUCGUUGAAAUUUGUUGAGCUGGAACCCAGCAGUGAGAUCCUGCUCAUCUAGUCACCAUGCGAAAUAAAGAAGUCUGCCGGCGCAACAAAGAGGCGUCUCUCGUCGUCGCCCCGAGCAGCGGACAAGCAGCGCAUUAUCAUGAUCAUGGCGCGGAAAGAAGAGCAGAAGCCGCUAUCUCGCGAGGACCACCCUCUCAGUGUCGCCGCUGCCAGAUAACAGCGAUGACAAAGCUUCUGCACCAGCAGCUAGCAGCCAAAAUAUGCUUGCAGCUCUUCUCCAGUCUUUAUUUCGCCGAGCUUUGUACGCAGCUUCCACUUGGUCUUCCGUUCUUUGUAAACGCGUUGCAAACGGGCGUUUUGAAGACGUCGCAGGAGCAGCACGUUGAGGAGGAAGAAGGUCGCGUCCUUCUGGAUGUGAUGAACCACAAAGAACAACUCGAACGCGAAGAAGAUGCACAGGAACAAGCUACCAGUUCUUCUGCAGCCACAACUUCUACGGCGUCAAUUACAGGAGCAUCAACUUCCACUUCCACUUCCACCACUUCCACAGCGUCAACAACCACCUCUUCUAGCGUCGUGGCCUCUUCCACGUCGACAACAACAAUAUCUACUACGUCGUCAACAACGACAAGCACAACCGAAUCCCCGAAGGGCGACCUGGACUCGAUUUUCUCGUGUUGUGGCGGGGAGGAACCUUCGACCACUAGUUCUACAACCACAAGCACAACCUCGAGUUCUACAACUACAUCAUCAACAACAUCAACCACGACAACAACGUCUUCACCCUCUACGACGACCCCUUCUACCACGACGACGACCACCACGACCACCAGCACCACCACGACCUCGGAUCCGCGGCUUGCGCUGUUCGACGACCCCAACAAAAAGACGCCGGGGUUCCAGCAGUGCACACCGGAAAACAUGUUGAGAAUUACGGGAGCAAGUGGAGCGGACAUGGAGGAACAACAGCCCGCAGGGACCACGCCAGCGACUGAAGCGCAAGAUGGUGGCACAACAACGGCACCACCGCCGCCUCCCGUAGAAGAUGAACAGACUGGUGCUGCUACUAACACAAGGAGAACAUCACCGGCCCAACUGCAAAGUGAGGCGAACACGCAAUGCCGACAGCUGGCGGGCUUCGUGGAUGCCAAGAACUAUCCGGGGAACAUCAAAGGAAGUGUGACGGCGAACAGAGAUCGGUUUUUCAACGCGCAGUUAGUCGAGGAACUCGUCGCGAUUGCCCAGCCGAGCCCCUUCUUUGGGCCGGGGGCCGGGUUCGGGGAGGGGCUGAUUGCGUUGUCUGUGGCUGCUAAGGGCAGCAGUUCGGGCGCAUUUAUGAAGUUUGCUGAAUCCGAAGGGCGGAAAAUGAAAAACAAAACUCCGCCUCCGGUAUCCUUGGUAAGAACGUCAUGGCCCCAUAUUUGUCAUGCAGAUUUGCAUGCAUAAGCAUAAGACGUGUUUCUUCAUGCGCAGCCCCAUGCUAAAUCUUUUAUUUUGUGUUUUGAAAUUAAAAUUACUUAUACUUUUUAUGCUAGAUGAAGAUGAUGAAUCAGGAUAGAGUGGUGGUCGAUUUCUGAUGGUGCGGCUGCACGAGACAACAACGAUCGCGCUGCGGGCCACUACCUCUUGUCUUUCGCAGCAGAUUGACUUGUGUAGCGAACUUUCCAUCUUCCACUUGACUAUGUAUGGGGCCUUUGAGACAUUUUUGGACAGGAUACCCAGGCACCGCAUCAGCAAAAAGCGAGCGGGAAACGAGCUACGCCGCCUUGUAUCGCGGAUUCCUGAACAACAAAAAUGUCGGAGUUGUGGCUGAGCAAGGAGAUACAAGAACCGCGCCUCCGACAGCAGGAACAGGUGGAGCCCUGGCAUCAAACCGCGACGACCCCGUCGCGCGGAAGUCCGUGGAGGCCGGUUUGCAGUUCCUAGACGUAGCGCUGGACUGGUCGCAGAGGGUUACGUACGUCGGCUGCUGCGAUCCACCGAGCGGGGUGAACAAGUUGGAUGGGGCCGGACAACUAGUCGCACAAGGGCAGCAGCAACUAGUUCGCACAAGGGUUUCAACAGCAGCAACAGAAUAUCUAGGGAAAAUUUGUCUUGUGGUCUGCAAGAUGAAUGGAAACCUGUGUUUGUAGCGAGGAUCUACUUGAUGCGCAAAAAACCGCGAACGAAUGGAACCACGGAGUUUUGUCAUGUUGAAAGUCGUUUGGUAUUGUCAUGAAAGUGUCCCAUUGGUUGCAGUCCACCGACCUCUGCAGCUCAUGUUGGAGAGACUAGCAGUAGAGCUUUCCAGCAGACCCAGACACAUAAUUUGCACUCGAUACUCAUACUCCGGAUUCCGUGCCUUCUACAAAAUCUUCCUCUGCUCAACAAAAUCCCCUCGCAUCCGAGGAGGCGAGGCAGCGGAUCCUCGAAGACGCGGAAAAGUUUGCUUCCGAUUACAAGAAGGACAACGAGGCGGCGAGCAGCACGUCCACCGGUGAUUCUUCAAAUGCGGGCAUGGAUCUCAACGUCCACCUGCUGACACUGAAGCCGACGUCGAAAGACGUAGAAGCGACACGCAUUCCCCACCUCCCAGGCGCGGGUCUCUGCCGGUCCGCGGUCUCCGUUCUUUUCGACAAAGCUUCCGCAGAUAGCAAGUUCUCCGGGCCGGUCGCUUUGGUGAAAAAAUCCUGGGCGAGCAGCACGUGCGCGGCGAGUGGGGAAAAGGCGAAGGAGCGGAAACAGCAGCAGGAAUUUGAGGAGACGAAACGAAAGGCAGAAGAGAGCGAACGGCAGAAAAAGGAGGCUGCGAAAACGAGCACAACUACUUCAACUACAACCACAGCGCCACUGUAUGUGCUUGAUGACAGUCCCGCGGGGGCGAAUCCGACUGGCGACGACUCAACCACUGGCUCAUCUUCUGCGACAGCACCAGAAAAUGAUCAACAACCGAAAAUAAACCUGCCGCAACCGCAGCAGCAAGGAUCAUCCAGCCUGUUGCAGACGUCUUUUCUGGAAUUGAACAAGUUCCGCCUGUAUUUAGAAAAAAAACUGUAUGAAGAGACGGAAAAACUGAAGAAAUUCCUGUUUUCCACCUCUACAACGAUGAAGUCGAAGCGGCGGAGGAGCAGAAUCCAGGAAGUGUUCAACUACAAGAGCGAGAACGAGAUGAACUUGCUCCACUUUGCCUCGCUCGCGCAGAAUUUUCACAGCAGUCACUACAACAUGAUCGAGGUACUGGUGGCGGCGGAGGCGAAAAUUGAGUACCAGAAGGAGAAAGAGAAGGAAAAGAAAGCCAGCACUUCUACUAGCAGUACCUCAACAACUUCCUCGCCUAGUAGUACUACCGUUGCGGCGCCCGCCGGAGGUAGUACUUCUAGUAGCACCUCUACUUCAUCUUCAUCUACUACGUCCACUCCAGCUACCGGUGAGCAGCAGACUGACCCCGCACAACAGACCGCGGAAGAACAGCCACGGGAGCACUGUCGGAAGUCCGGGGAGUUUGAAUUCGUGCAAGUGACACCAUCAUCUUCUGUAUCGUGAGGAACACCUUCCCCACCCAAGAGUCAAGUUGCGAAAUCUGCUAGACAAAGCAACAAGCCUAGCUCCUUGCUGCGCAUGACUACAAAUCUGGGCUCGCAAUGUACUAGUCGUCUUUAGCUAGUGUAGCAGAAUCACACAUCUAGCACAUCAUGCUGAUUCGAGCAUCAUGAAAAAUCACAAAACGCCACUACUGAAAUCAAUGCCUUUCAUGCCGGGUCUCCGAAUGAGAAACAUUUUAAGGAGCAUGCAGAUUUGCUGCAUUAUUACAACUCCGGGGAGGUCGUGGGGACGUUUUUACUCAGGAUAGUCUGCAGACCCGCUGAAGGUGUUUCCGCCCAGCGUGGCCGAGAUUUUGCUUGAUUCGAGCAAGUGGGCAACGGACUCGGAGAACUUGAAGAAAGUGGCUGAGAACUUCAACAGCAACAAAUACAGUCCGGGGUUAGAAGGAGAAGACAGCGCGAAAUUCGGACAACUCCUGCUCGACAACAUGAAGGUUUUUGAAGAGAAGAAGGCCGAAUUGGAAAUGUUCUUCGCCACCCACUGCUGCGUGGAGCAGGAAAUGAUGACCACGGGCAACCUGCGGGGAAGUGCGCAAACAACCACUGUGCUGGUGAGUGAACAACAAUCAGAGCAAACGAACCUUCAAAAGCAAACGGGGCAAGAAGAAGAGGUGGCAGGAGAGGAAACAAGAACAGCCGCGACUAGUGCAGAGGUCGUGCCAGAACAAAUCGACGGGACGUCGCCGGCAGAUGGAACGGCUGGGAAUGCAGCAUCUUCGCAAGCGCCUGGUGGAGGUCGGCCAUCGUCUUUGUCAGGGGGCGAAACAAGAGCCACGGCGGUGGGAGUGACGGAGGCCGAAAGGCCGCCUACCACUACCUUAGCGGCACCUGUCGGAGCUGGUCCAACAGCUGCGGGCGUUCCGGAAACGGCGUUCAGCUACUCGUGGUAAGUAAGUACUUAAAACACAAAGGCGGAAAUGUUUAUUCCAGAGAAGAAAGCAGUAUGUACAGAAACAGAUGAUGGGAGGAAAGCAGUAUGCACUGAGAAGUUUUUAAACUCGAAAAUCUCGUCUUCUAGCGAAACAAGCGGAGCAUGAGCAAAAAGUGAAACGAAGUAAUCUCUUGCUCUCCAGCGUGUGUAUAAUGACAACUUGCAGUAGGAUGAGAAUCCACAUCAAUGAAAUUAAGACGGCAACCACCAGGGGAGUUAGAUAUUGAGUAAACAGAAACGCCAACGUCUAAGAAAUUAAAGUUUGCGAAUUCAAAUGUAUUGAGCACAAGAAGCAAAAGCAAAACCAUGACUGUGUACCAAGGAAUCUCACUUAUGCGCUACCAUUACCAAAUCAAACACAAAAUGUAACUUCUAUUGUACCGGCCUCCGUAAAGAUAUUCCCUCAGCGCCAGCGCUGCCACCCAGUAAAAUCGAUGACCUUAUUGAUGUUUUGAACUAUUGGAAUUGUAAAUUAAGUUCAGCAGAAUGCGACGGCGAAUGAAUUAUGGUGCCACACAUAUGAAGCUUGUGGCACUCUUUUUUCUUACGCAU